GUACUAAUACAAAGACAAGAUAAAAGGACUAUCUGUCACUGUGUCGUUACUGUGGUGUCGAUUUCACCAACCAAAAAACUUGAGAAAAAAGAAAUCAAUGGAAGAUAAUUAGAAAAAAUAACAGAAAGAAGAAAAUUAAUCAAUCGGCUGCUGGUUUUCAGCUGAAAGAUUUGAGAAGAGUCAAACAAACAUCAAACUUUCUCCCUUUCCUACUAAUCUCCUUCUCAAAGUACCUUCCCAAGGCAAACCACUCUCCCCAAAACAGCAAAAACUUCUCCCCCUUUCUUCUUCCUUGGUCUUCUUCAUCCCAAUCCGAAUCUAACCCAUAUCCCCAAUCUCCAAUCUUUCCCCAAAAAGGAAAGGGGGAAAAUGGGAUGUUGCAGCAGCAGAGAAGACUCUGCCUCCAAGCCACAGUUCAAUGGCUACACACCUCCUCCUCAUCCUUCUAACAACACCCACUACCACCAAUCCGCCGCCGUCCAGCACCACCACCAGCCGGCGGCGGCGGCGCGACCAGCACCACCGGCACCAGCUCCCGCUCCGGCAAGGCCCGUCGCGAAGCCGGCGGCGGGGGAUACGAUCCUGGGGAAGCCAUUUGAGGACAUCAGGCGGUUCUACACUUUGGGUAAAGAACUGGGUCGGGGCCAAUUUGGGAUUACUUACCUGUGCACGGAGAAUUCCACCGGCCAGACCUACGCCUGCAAAUCGAUACUGAAGAGGAAGCUGACGAGCAAGAGCGACAGGGAGGAUGUGAAGAGGGAGGUUCAGAUUAUGCAGCACCUGUCCGGUCAGCCCAACAUUGUGGAGUUCAGGGGCUGUUAUGAGGACAGGCUGUCGGUCCACCUGGUGAUGGAGCUCUGCGCCGGCGGGGAGCUGUUCGAUCGGAUUAUUGCCAAGGGGCAUUACUCGGAGAAAGAUGCGGCGAAGAUUUGCAGGGAGGUUGUGAAUGUGGUCCACGCUUGUCAUUUCAUGGGGGUCUUGCAUAGGGAUCUCAAGCCGGAGAAUUUCUUGCUGAGUUCUAAGGAUGAAGCGGCGACCCUGAAGGCUACUGAUUUUGGACUCUCGGUGUUCGUUGAAGAAGGCAAAGUUUAUAGAGACAUAGUAGGCAGUGCGUACUACGUGGCUCCUGAAGUCUUGCGUCGAAGCUAUGGGAAAGAGAUUGACAUUUGGAGCGCAGGAGUUAUCUUGUAUAUUCUGCUGAGUGGUGUGCCUCCAUUUUGGGGAGAAAAUGAGAAGGGAAUAUUUGAUGCCGUUCUCCAAGGAGAGAUUGAUUUCGAGACUGAUCCCUGGCCGAUUAUAUCUGACAGUGCCAAGGAUCUGAUUAGGAAGAUGCUCACUCAAGACACCAAAAAGCGUUUAACUUCUGCACAAGUGCUUGAGCAUCCAUGGAUCAAGGGUGGUGCAGCUUCAGACAAACCAAUUGGUAGUGCAGUCCUUUCCAGAAUGAAGCAGUUCAGGGCUAUGAAUAACAUGAAGAAGCUUGCCUUGAAGGUUAUUGCUGAGAAUCUUUCCGAAGAAGAGAUCCAGGGUCUCAAAGCAACGUUCAUGAGCUUGGACACGGACAAGAGUGGUACCAUUACAUAUGAAGAACUGAAGACUGGUUUGGCUCGAUUAGGAUCAAAGCUAUCUGAAACUGAGGUUAAGCAACUCAUGGAAGCUGCUGAUGUGGAUGGAAAUGGAACAAUCGACUACACCGAGUUCAUCUCUGCAACGAUGCACAGAUACAAGAUUGAACGGGACGAGCAUCUGUACAAAGCAUUCCAGCACUUCGAUAAGGAUGGCAGUGGGUACAUAACGAGAGACGAACUGGAAGGUGCCAUGUUGGAAUACGGAAUAGGGGAUGAAGGCAGCAUCAAGGAGAUCAUUGCUGAAGUCGAUACAGACAAUGAUGGGAAGAUCAACUACGAGGAGUUCUGUGUUAUGAUGAGAAGUGGAGGAGCCGAAGUUCAAGCAAAGCUUUUGUAAAAGCUGAGGUAUGUUACUCAUUGAUGGAAAACAAAAAGCCGAUGUCUUCGUUUCGAGUUUGCGUUCGUACGAUGAUGUUCUGUGUGCAUAUCUUUUGCUUUCGAGUUUUCCAUUCUUUGAUGUAAUCUUUCGACGGGGGCAAGUCGAGCUGAGUGCCAGGGCUUUUGUUUGGGGGGGAAUGCAUGAUAGUUGUAUACACUCUCUGGGUGCUGUUUUCAGCAGAUUUUGUGCAUCUUUAGACGAUUGAGAACGUAUUUUAUACGACUGUAUCUUAUCUCUUUCAAAGCUUCUGCUGUAAUAUGGGACGAAUGUAACAUCUCGAUUUUUGGGUGAAAGUGAUGUUUUGAUACCUUAAUUGCGAGUUUGCGACACUGACACAGUAAACCAUCACUUCAGAAGUGCUAGCCUAAGUUGCUUUCAGUCACGAGAUGCAGGCAGGGACCAUUAAGGCAAAACUACGGUAGGUGAAAUGAAUGCUAUGUGUUCCAUUGGAAAAAAUGUGCUGGAAUUGGGGCAGGAAGCACAUUGAUAGAGAGACUGUUUGCCACCAACCGACCAGUCUACCUGUGGGCUGCUGGCCGAUGGCCAUGCCUAAAAAAUUGUACAAGUUCGUCUUUGAUUCAUUCAAUAUCACUUGUUUGAAGCAAUAUUUUAGGUAUGUCUGUAUUGGACUGCAUGGAUAAAAUCGAUAUUUGGACGGUAUCAUACUGAAUCGAAUAUAAUGUGGUCCAGUCUUUGGUCCUACGAAUUUGACAAAUACUUAAUAAAACUAGACCGAAUUGACAUUUGCACCUGAUCAAACUGGACCGAUUGCACCGUUGGUACGAUCCUUAAUCUUAAAAUUGUUUCACUAUUUAGACCGUGGCUCACAUGAGUUUGGUUUCGUCCGAACCAAAUCGUUGACCACCACUAAUCAUGUCCAUGUAGAUUGAGGUUAAUGAGUUUAGGCUCAGGAAUGAAUUAUUAUUUUGAAGUUUGCAAAUAAUAUACAACACACGAUUUUUAAUUUAGACUUGUAAAUCUUGACAUAGUGUUGGUUGACCAUUCUCAUCCAAGACACUGAACCUUAAAAUAGUGAGCUAAAAUAACAACAAUCUAAGUUCAUGACUAAAUUGUUCUAUUGAAUUUUCUAAAAUCAUAAUUUCAUUCAUGAGAAAAGUCUUUUCACUACAAAGAAUUCGACUUUUAAUUUAGACUUAUCAAUCUUGACAUAGCACUAGCAGACAAUUCUCUACUAAGAUACUUGGACACUCAACCAUAAGAGAAUGGUUUCAUGAUUGACCUAAAAUAACAACAAAUUACUAAGUCAACGCCCCUAGCUCUCUCUUGGUUAAGCACUGUCUGUCGAGUCGAGACUUCUUGCUAGUCUUAACAUAGGCUAAAAUAUGAGGAGGUAGAUACCAAUUGUGGCCACAUCACGUAGUGGAGUAGGCAUAAUUUUAUUUUUAAGGCUAGUUCGAAUUAAAUUUAAAACUUUUAAAAAUGAAUUUUUAUAAUUUUUUAUUUGAAGAUGAAGUUUAUAAAUAUUUAAAGAUCUGGGUUAUGGUAUAAAACUCAGGCCUACAAAACAUGCAAAAGCUCCGUGUUUUAUCACCUUUGAUACGAUGGUGAUAUGAUUGUAUCAUAGAUAUAUGAUUCAUAUAGGGCGUAUAAGUUAUAACACGGGGUUUUGAAGAGUUAUGUAGAAAAGAGUUAUGUACCCUAUCUAGAGUUGCAAAUGAGCCGAAUUGAGCCGAGUUUUAUCCCAGUUUGAGCUUGACUCGUUAACAAAUGAACUGAGUUCGAGCUCGAACCACUUAUUAACGAGCCGAGUCGAGUCGAGUUAGAACUAGACUUGUUUACUAAAUUCUUAGAUCGUAU